AUGCAUGUCCAGCCUGCCUUCUUUGGAGGAGGUGAAGAUGUGUUUGCUCCCAUAACAGUUGAACACUUUCUGCUGUGUGUGGCAUGUGCACGUAUGCCUGUGGCAGCCCAUGUUGGGGCAAAGCAGAAACAAAGGCAUUUUUCCACUUCUUGUUCUUGUUUACUUUUAGAUGCCUGUCUCAGAUGUCAAGCUGAAAACAAACAAGAAGAUUGUGUUGUGGUUUGGGGAGAAUGCAAUCAUUCCUUCCACAACUGCUGCAUGUCCUUGUGGGUGAAACAGAAUAACCGCUGUCCCCUCUGCCAGCAGGACUGGGUAGUCCAGAGAAUAGGCAAAUAA